GCCUCCGGGGGGGCCAAGGCGGGCGGUGCGCGUGGCUGCUGGGACUCGGCGGGCUGCCUCCGACCGGCCCCGUGGCCCGGACCGCUGCCGGAAGCACCUCAACUUCCAGCCAGCAACAUGACGGAAGGCUUUGACUGUGCCAGCUGCAAGGAGUCUCUUUACGGGCGCAAGUACAUCCAGGGAGAUGAGGGUCCUUUCUGCAUCCCAUGUUAUGACACACACUUUGCCAACACUUGUGAUGAGUGCAAGGAGCUGAUUGGCCAUGACUGCCGGGAGCUCUACUAUGAGGAUCGCCAUUACCACGAGGGCUGCUUCCGUUGCUUCCGCUGCGACCGCUCCUUGGCCGACGAGCCUUUCACCUGCCAGGGGCAGGAGCUGCUCUGCAACAGCUGCUAUUGCCAGGAGUUCUCCUCCCAGUGUGUGGCCUGCCAGCAGGUGGUCAUGCCAGGUUCUCGGAAGUUGGAGUACAACGGGCAGACUUGGCAUGAGCACUGCUUUGUCUGCAGCAGCUGCCAGCAGCCCAUUGGCGCUCGUUCCUUCAUCCCGGAGCAGAAGGAGUACUACUGCGUCUCCUGCUACGAGAGCAAAUUUGCGCCCCGGUGCACCCGCUGCAAGCAGUCGCUGACCAAGGGAGGAGUGACUUACCGGGACGAGCCCUGGCACAAGGAGUGCUUCGUCUGCACAGGCUGCGAGGCCCCCCUGGCUGGGCAGCAGUUCACCUCCCAGGAGGACCAGCCCUACUGCGUCAAGUGCUUUGGCAGCCUCUACGCCAAGAAAUGCAGUGCCUGCGCAAAGCCCAUCACAGGUUUCGGGGGAGGCAAGUACAUCUCCUUUGAGGACCGCCACUGGCACCAGAGUUGCUUCAUCUGCUCCCGCUGUGCUGCCUCCCUGGUGGGCAAGGGCUUCAUCCCUGACAACGACGAGGUCCUGUGUCGUGAUUGUGCCGGCAGCCUCUGAAAGGGCAUCCCAGGCAGCUGCCCUCCAGAUUGUGUGUGUGCCAAAGUUCCCUCCUGGGGCGGCAGGGCAGGGAUGGCCCUCCCCUUCCUGGCAUUCUUGCUGACUGGCGCCAGCCGCCUUUCCUGCCAGACCAAAAUGGCAGCCUUCUCACCUGGCCUGCUGCCUGAGGAGCUCGAGCCGCUUCCCUUUUUCACUAGCAGCAUGGCAGUGAAGUCCACCCCACCCCCAGCCGUGACCUGCCUGGAGGGCCACUUCCCUCUGGGCCCGGAAGAGGGCAGGGCGGGGCCUCUCAGAGGGCAGCAGCCUUCCGCCUCCCACCCAAGUGCUUCUUCCCUGGGAGCCACCCCGGUUGUCCAGCAGUUAGUAGGAGCAAGCUCAGCACUCCCCCCUCCACCGUCAUGUUUCUUCCCAGGCUGUCCCCUUUUUCAGAGGAAAGGAGACCUCCGUCCCCAAGGCCCCCAUGGGGGACCAUCUCUCUCAUCCACCCCCCACCCCCGCAAAGUCCUGGAGUGGCAGCUGGCCCUUUGGCAGCCCCCCCCCCAACCUUUGCUUUGUCUCCAGGAAUCCCUGGGGGGGAUUCUGAAAAAAAAAGUUUGCAAGGCACCAGCAAAGGCUCCCAUGUUUUGCUUUCCCAACCCCUCGGCUUGAGUUUUGAGUCCCCUGACCUUCCUUCCCUUCCCCGCCUCUGGGCCUGGACUUUCUACCUGCUUCUUUCUGUCCUGGGAGUCUCCCACCCUUCAAGUCUGCCUGCCCACCUGGAAGGAAGGGGCUUUGUUGCUCUCUCUGGCCUGGAUUUCUUUCUACUUUUCUUUGGUGAAAUGCUCUGCAUGUUCCUUUAAAUGCACUAUGUAGCCAUUCCCUCAAAUGCUUUGCUGUUGGGGAGACCACAGCUGGGUAUCUGCCUGUUGGUGGAGCUGCUUACCUCUAGUCCGUGGAUCUCUCCCCUCCUUUUCUGACUUUCUCUAAUAAAUCAUGUUAAUGGAGUGUUCAUUAUUAACUCACCUGGAGAAUGGGGGCAUGAGAUGGGUUUUCUAUGCUGGAUUCAACGUUUCGUCUUCUCACUGAGCUGUUUCCGAAAUCCUAAAAGAAUUCAGCACUUCCUCCUCCAAACCACCGACCACCUGAUGCUGCUGAGUGUGCCCGGACCUCUUCGCCACCCAGGAUUUAGUGCAAGGAAGGGGAAAGGUGCCCCAUGACAAAAUUGAGGGGUUGCUCUCACCGCAACCAAUUGCAGCCCAAGGCUCUCCAGAGUGGGAAGGAGGGCAAAAUGCCUGCAACAGAAGUCAAGACUCUGGCAAGCGGUGCUCAUAGCAAGGGAACAUCAGCCAAAGUAAGCUACAGGGUAUGAUGGCUUUCCCGUUCAGGGGGCUCAGAAAGCUCGGGAAAGGGAGUGAGUUUGGAUCAGACCUUUUGCUGCUUGUAGAAGGCACUCGGCUACGUUAGUUACGGUCCAUGCAAAGAGGGUGGCUGGUGUAGCAUUUGAAGGGGGGGGGUGCUCUGCCCCCACUCUAGGCCCUUGGCAACCGAGCACCUAGUGCUUCUCUACUGCUGAGAUCUGUUAGUGGUGGGAUAUCUCUUCCCAAAAAAGGAAGCGGAUCAGGUUUGUUUGGCCAGCAGCGUCUGGAACCCAUCCCAAGGGGGUGGAUGGGUCAUGACCUGCCCUCUCUGCCUGGUUUAUUUGUGGGCUGAAAUGAGCUCACGUGGUAAGGCCUGGCAGAGUAGCAAUGACAAGGGCCUCUGAGCUGGAUGAGAAAUCCGACGCUCUGGGCAAGGAGAUGGAGCUCCAGGGGGAAGGAAGCUAGGCACACAGAAGCCCCACAGGCCUUCUGGAGAGGCUUCAGCCAACUUUCCUAGGUCACCAUCGGCAGCAUGCACCCUUUCUUCCCUUCACGCGUCUCCUGGCAAACCACAAUGGUCUAGAAUCAGUCCUCCUCCCGAGUCCAGUUAUAUCUAUCCCAAAAGAUAAGCAAGCAGUGGACCUGCAAGCACCAAGAAACAAGUAAGCUAUCAUUAGAAGCCAACAUUGGUCAAAAACAGAUCAUGCCAGUCAAACCUUAUUGCAUUCUGUGACAAAGGGACUAAAUUAGUGCACCAGUUAAAUGCUGCGGACAUCGUAUGCUUGGAAUUUGAUGAAGUGGCCACAAGCUGCCACUUGGUAAAAUAGAAAAAUAUUGGAUACACAGCGUCACCAAAGUAUAGUCCUGAAUGGAACUAUACAUGGAAGGAAGUACGUCUUGGACCCAUAUUAUUCAAUAUCUUCAUAAACAAUUUAGACAAUCAUUUAGAAUAGCCAAUACACCAGAAGAUAGGCUAAAGAUCUGGAAGGGUCUCAACAAACUGGAACACUGGGCCCUAUCUAACAAAAUGAAAUCCAUUUAAUUAUGAGCCAGCAGUAUGCUGUAGCUACCAAAAAAGCCAAUGCAGUCCUAGGCUGCCUUAACAGAGGGAUUAUAUCAAGGUCAUGUGAAGUAUCAGUACCACUUUAUACUGCCUUGCUAAGACUACAGUUGGAACACUGCAUCCAGUUUUGGUCACCACAGUAGAAAAAAAAAAGUUCUCUAAAAAGAAUGCAGAGAACAGCAAAAAUGGUAAGGGAUCUGGAGGCUAAAAGCACGAUGAAUGGUUGCAGGAACUGGCACUGUCUAGCUUAACAAGGAGUAGGGUGAUACAGUAGCCUUCCAAUAUUUGAGUGGCUGUCCAAGAGAAGAGUGUGUUAACCUAUCUCUAAAGUACCUGAAGACAGGACAAGAAGUAACGAGUGGAAACUUAUCGAGAGAUCCAAUUUAGAACUAAGAAUUUUCCUGAAACAAAAAUGAAUAGAUUGAAUUGCUUUCAGAAGUUGUGGGUGCCUCCAUCACUGCAGUUUUUUUUUAAGAAAAAAACAUUGGAGAGCUAUUUGUCUGAAAUGGUAUAGAGUGUCCUGCUUGAGCAAGGGGUUGGACUAGAAGUCCUCCAAGGUCCCUUCCAACCCUGGUAUUCUGUGCUGUGUAACUAUUCUAUAUAUUGAUAAUUAUUCAUGAACCACACUAGUCUAACUUCAUUUCUAGCUUUGCUUUCUGCCAAGGUGCCUUAUAUGUUUAUUAAAGGAAGUUUUGAUGCAUCUAAAGGAUGUGAAGUAGCUUACAACAUUCAUAAAGAUGAAUAGUUCACAAUUAAAAUUCAGUGACUAAAUAACCGGCAUAUGGAGCCAGUCCUAUUUCUAUUAAGAUCCACAUUUCUUGUAGGAAGCUACCAACAAUGCAUUUUUCAGACUUUUCAAAGUUCUCAAAGCACAAUGCCUGUAGCAACAAGCCAAGCCAUUUGUGCCCAUCAUAUAAAGAAUUCAAAGGCAGGCAAAGAAGGUCUUCAGCUAAGAUCUUCCCCAGAGGGAGAUUGUGAGCAAAAGCACCUUGAAAAGGUUGUCCAAGGUGAAAAGCCCAGUGGUGUUAACUGACCUUAAAAGUCCCUGGUUGCUGCUGCUGCUAAUCCCUAGUAAGCCUGUGAGCAGCCACAUUUUGCAUCCCAAAGCAGGUUUAAACCUAGUCCAAUGAUGACAUUAAUAGAUUGCCUGCUGAAGCUAUUCAGCCUUUCAGGGUCAUCUCCUUUCAUCUGUUGUUCUGUAUUCUGUAUCCCCAAAAUCAAUUUAUUUGAUUUAUAUUGCCUCCCAUCUCUUCAAUAGCUCCACAAUAAAAAUACUCAAAAUACAUAGCUGGACAUCAACCACUCAAUUAGCCACACAGUCAGGAGGUUGGCUUAAUCCCAGGGCCCCAGGCUUGGGCAAAACAAGCUUUCAAGGGCAUGUAAUGCCUGUGUCACUGUAAUUUGCACCAACUAAAGCUUCCAAAUGCACUUCUAAGGGCAGCUCCAUUUAAAGCUCAUUGCAGUAGUACAAUCUGGAGGUCACAAAGGCAUGGCCAUAAACAGAAACACCUCACACACACACACCCCAGUCCAGGCCUGGGUACAAUUGAUGUGUGGUCUGAAGUGCAAAUGUCGUCCUAGGCAGGGCUACCAACUGCUUCUUAAGCAAGAGCCAUGAGUCCAGUAGGAUCCUGGUUUGCACACUAGCUCUGUGUAGUGAACUUUGGAAAAAGUUCAGAGAAGAGCAACUAAGAUGAUCAAAAGCCUGAAGACUAAAACAG